UUGAACGCAUGCGUAAAAAAGGCGAGAGCGCAUGCGCUACAAUUAAGGCCAUUUUGGUAAAAAAAUGUUAUUGAUGGAUUUUGUGCAUUUUUAUACCUAACCCCAUGAAACAAUUAAUUAAAUGCCGAAUUUUGUGUGUAUACGAUGAUCUUAGAUUUGCAGAAUAAUGAAUUCAAGGGGACCGAUGCAGCCGUAUUUAAGUAAUUCACUGGCAAUCAGACAGGAAAUUCAGCGAUUUGAGUCGGUGCACCCGAGUAUUUAUGCCAUCUAUGAUCUUAUAGAUGCUAUUCCAGACCCUUUAAUUCAACAACAGAUACGAGAACAUGUAGUAUGCAUUGAAGAUUCAUUUGUAAACAGCCAGGAAUGGACAUUGAGCAGAUCAGUACCAGACCUCAAAUUAGGAAUAUUAGGCAGUGUUCAUAGUGGGAAGUCAGCAUUGGUGCAUAGAUAUCUAACUGGUUCCUACAUGCAAGAAGAAUCUCCAGAAGGUGGUCGUUUCAAAAAAGAAGUAAUCAUAGAUGGUCAGAGUUACCUACUCUUGAUAAGGGAUGAAGGAGGAUCACCCGAAAUGCAGUUUACACACUGGGUUGAUGCUGUGAUAUUUGUGUUCAGUCUUGAGAAUGAGAUGAGUUUCCAAACAGUGUACAGUUAUUUUGCCAAAAUGGCCCAUUACCGCAAUGCUGCAGAAAUCCCUUUGAUACUAGUUGGCACUCAAGAUGCCAUCAGUGAAAGCAAUCCCCGUGUUAUAGAUGAUACCAGAGCCCGAAAACUCGCCAAUGACCUUAAAAGAUGUUCAUAUUAUGAGACAUGUGCAACAUAUGGUUUAAAUGUUGAAAGAGUGUUUCAAGAUGCUUGCCAGAGAAUAGUCCAAACUCGUUACCCAUCACUUUCAUCAUCACCAAUGCCAAGUGUUCCUAUGACCCCAGUUCAUUCUCAUAGAGCCUACUUCAUAUCCCAAUCUAAUGCUAGCAAACCAUUCGAUACACACAGUACCAGUAGUCAGUCAACAUCAAGUUCUGGUACCCUUGUCACAGUAACACCUACCAGCAGUACCAGUAGUAUUGUACAGAGCCAAAGUAACUUAAAAGAAGAAAAAAGUAAAGAAAAAGAAGGAAAAUCAGAGAAGCAAGAUAAAAUUGAUAGAAAGAAAGAAAAACAAAUGAAGCAAGAACAGAAUCAGUUAGAUGAGGCUGACAGAUGGGAAAUAAAUGAUAUAUCUACCUCAACACCACUAUCCUCACGUAAAAACAAGAAAAUGUCUGUUAUACAGAAGUCCAAUUCAUUCAGUGGAGCAACAGAGCUGCGACAACAGACCCUGCAUCCUUCCACAACCACACCUAUUUUGAGUCGGAAAAAUUCAAAGUUUUUAAAAUCAUCUUUCCUAAGUGACAAACUGGAUAAGUAUAUGAUGGAAUUACAUAUCCAUGAAAAUUCUCCUUUCACUCCACUUCUGAAUCGAAUGACUCGUGUACGAUCCAGUCUGGUUCUAGAUAAAUCUGAUUCCAAAGAUCUGCCAACACCAAGCAGUACACCGACCCAGAGUCGGAAAAAUAGACGAAGAUCCAACUUGUUUAAUAAUCCAAAAGGAAAAGAAGAAGAAAAGAAAGUUUCAGAAGAAGGACAGAAAGUUGGUAGUGGUAGAGCUAUUCCAUUGAAACAAGGUUACUUAUAUAAGAAGAGUCAUGGCUUAAACAAGGAAUGGAAAAAGAAAUAUGUUACACUGAGUGAUGAUGGAAAAUUGUCUUAUCACCCAAGUCUUCAUGAUUAUAUGGAUGAUAUUCAUAAGAAAGAGAUAACAUUGAUGCAUACCACAGUAAAAAUUCCUGGAUUACGACCAAGGACAACAAAAACCAUCCCAAAUUAUCCAGCUCAGCACCCAAACCAAGAGGCAAAUGGAAGUAUAAAAGGAAAAUCAAACAAAGAUAAAGAGAAUGUACAGUUAACAGGCUUUGAUGUAGUUAGACAACGUCAUUCUUCAAACUCUGAUAACAAUUUUACUCAGCCACAAGUUAUUCCAAAUGGUGAUAGUUUGAAGCUGGGUGUCAAUGGUAGCAGUGUGGGUUCAAAAAUAGAGACACCCAAUGUAAAGAAACGUCAUCGGAGAGCGAAAAGUGGUGGUAUUAAAAAUUUUGGUCCUGGAGAUGGUGAAGAUUCAGAUGGCUAUGAAUUUAUGAUUAUCUCAUUAGAAAAUAAGCAAUGGCAUUUUGAAGCUACUGAUUGCAAUGAACGUGAUGAAUGGGUAAAUGCAAUAGAACAGCAAAUACUCAACUGCCUACAGGGUAACGAAAGUAGUAAAUCCAAGAAACAUUUAACAAUUGAUCCUGCUGGUGUACAGACGAUUCGGGGGGUGCGUGGAAAUCAGGUCUGUGCUGACUGUGGGACACCCAACCCAGAUUGGUCUAGUCUUAAUUUGGGAACUUUAAUCUGUAUAGAAUGCUCAGGGAUCCACAGAAAUUUGGGAACACAUUUAUCUAGAGUUAGAUCUUUAGAUUUAGAUGAAUGGCCACCUGAUCUUCAGAGAGUAAUGCUGUCCAUAGGGAACAGUACAGCAAACAGUGUUUGGGAGGCCAAUAUAAAAGGUCGACCUAAAGUCCCACCAUCCUCAUCAAGAGAAGAAAAAGAAAGAUGGAUAAGAUGUAAAUAUGAAUCUAAAGAAUUUCUACCGCCAGCUCCUUAUGUAGAUAUUCCUUUAAAUCAGCAAUUAAUAGAUGCAUUAGUACGUGAAGAUAUACGAAACAUAAUACUGGUAUUAGGCCAUAGUCAUUCAGAUGAUAUCAACUCUCCAUACAGUAAAGAUGAUGGAAGGACAGCACUACACAUUGCUGCAGCCUUAGGAAAUGUUGUGUUUGUACAAUUACUGUUGUGGUAUAGUGCCAAUGUGAAGGUCGUUGAUCAUGAAGGUAGAAAUGCAUUAUGGUAUGCCAAGAGUUCUGGAUCAUCAGAAUGUGUUGAACUAUUAACAACUAAUGGAUGUCCUGAAAAUCCAACACUGCCACGGAGACGAACUAGUGUUCAAGCAGGAAAAAAUGAUGUUUUUGAAAAAUUGCCUGCCAGUGUUAUUUGAUUUGUUAUAGUGUUUGUUAGGCUUACUCAAUUAUAAACAAUCAUAAAGUGCUGUGAUGGGGAAUUUGUCAUCUAAUUAUACAUUAACCUUGAGGAUGUCAAUGUCAAAAUUCUUUGUUUAAGAAAUCUCAUUUUUAUUGGAGGUGUCUACAUUUAGGUAAAUCUGUGUUUUAAUUUAACAAAUAAUUAAUACAAAAUGUAUACAACCUAUUUGAGUAAGUUACUUUAUUAAAAAUAGGCCUCUAGGAUUGAACUUAUUAUCAAGGUAUAUUCUUAUAAAACUCAUCUGGUGUACUGCUAUAUAUAAAUAAUUUAAUUUUGGAUGUAACGCGCCAUCUGAUGGCUGACAUUAUUUUGUUAUUAUCCCAUAGACAAAAUACAGUCAUGUGACCGUGACGUCAUCAAUGUGUUUUCAUGGUUUUCUACAGUUUAAAAUGGAAUUUAGAAUUAAAUUAUAAGAAAUGACUGUAAUACUUUUUCUGUCUAUUAGAAAUAACAAAAAAUGAGGUGCACACUGUUAAAUAACCCGCUACGUGCGUUAUUCAGUGUGCAACAAAUUUUGUUUGUUAUUUCUCCUUAGACAAAAAAAAUAUUACAGUCAUUCCUUAAGUAAAUCCUUCUUUAUAAGAUUCAUGGUGUGAUUACAAGUACAUUUUUUGUGUGCAACACCUAGGAAGGAUUUUGUGAUAAAUGCAACAUUUUUCUAUAAAAAACUUAAUGUUAUAUUCAUUCAGAAUGUUGUGAUUAAAUAUAUAUUUUUAAAAAAAAAAAAAUAACUACUAGAAAUUCAACAAAAUAAAAAAAAAUCCUACUUUAGGUAGGAACUAGUCUUUCAACUGGUUAAGUCUAAAGUCUAUUUUGUGUUUAAUUUAAAAUAUCUUGUGUUGAAUAAAGGAGUAAUAAUACGUUUUGACUUUCAGGGUUGAUGUAUGAUUAAAUGAGAAAGUCCUAUAGUAUUAUAUGAUUUGUCAGGGGUCAGUGCAAAAUUGUGCAAUUAUCUAUUGAAAGGUUGUAUAGUUAUUCAUUUAUUUAUUAUCAUUAAUUGCUCAUAAGUUGAGAUUUCAUUUGUUCAUUUGUGGAGAAGAACUUAGCUUGUUUCAUAAAACUCUUUGUAAAGUUAGUCAUUCAAAUCUGAAACCGUUAUGUGCAAUUUUGUCUUAAAAUUUCAAACAGCAAAACAACAAUUUCUGUAAUAUUUUCAAUAAUGUGCAUGUUGCAUUUAUUGUUAGAUAGUUUUAUGUUAUGAUAUGCAUUGUUUAAGGUUACUGAUAACUGACAGAUAUUCUGCACUUAUGUUUCUUUUAAGUUAGGGAUAAGAAACAAUGGAAAUAUUUUGUUUUACUUUUACUAAAAUUUCACUUGAAGCUACAAUCAAAUGUGAUGUAGUCCAAAGUGAGAUGAAAAGAUGAGUUAUAUAUGUCAAUGAAUAUCAGUAAUAUAAACCACAAAGGAGGAGGUAUGACUAGGCCACGUGUAAGGCCCCUUGAAUAUAAAAAGUAAAAAAGAAUAAUAAAUUGUAUCAAAAAACAUCCUUCAAAUGACCACAAGACAUUAGAUUGUCAGAUAUUGACUUAAUUAAACUCUUCAUCUCUCAUUGCUCCUCCAUGAUAUGUCUUCAUGCAAAAUAUCAGAAAACACCAGUGAUAUGAGAUCAGUUUUUAAUUAGAUUGAUCAGAGAUCAUUAUGUAUAUUAUCAAAUUGUGUCUUGCAUUUUGCUUUUCUGCUUUAAAUUUCUUCCAUUUGACACAACAUAGCAAAACUGAAAAUUGGUCCUCAUUUUUUGCUCACUUGACCUAUAAGGCAAUAAAGCAUUUGCCAUCAAUUGGCAUUGGCCAAAGUAGUCUGCCUCUGUUGUCAUAAAAAAUCUUUAAAAAAUCUAUGAAACUACUGUCAGAGCAAAUGUCAUCAAACUUUACUCGAAUGUUCCUUAGAAUAUUAAAUGUAAAAGUUGUAACCAGGGGUUUGAUCUAUCAAUAGACAUGGAUGGUAAUGCUAAAAGUAAAGCAUAUGUUGUGAAAUACAGCUUAUAUUUUACAUCUCAACAAUAAAGCAGUUAGAGCAAAACUUACAUGGAUAAAAUUGAUCAGCAUUUUAAAGUAUAUUUUGGUUUAAAUUACUCAGCCAAUUUUGCAGGUAAAAAAUAAAUACCAAAAACUUUCAACACAAUAAACCGUACAAAUAGGUCAACAUGGCUGAAAUUGUCAACCACCUCAUUGUAGGAGUUAUUACUACUGAAUGAUGAAUAGUACCCAUUUUUUUUGCAUUUUUAUCCAAAAGAAAAGAAGAUAGAGAGAAAUUGAAAUGGUAAAUAAAAUCUUUAACUAAGUCAACAUAUGAGAUAAUAAAUUGUCAGUUUCCAUAAACUUUCCAUUAAAAAAAAGUUUUUUAACAAGAAAAAAAAAACAUGGCCAAUUAUCUUCAAAAGUUUGACAGAAAGUUAGUAAAAAUUAUCACCAAUACAAUCUGUACAAAAAUAUCACUGAAUAAGAUUUACAAAUAAUUAUAAAAAGCAGAACUGAUUGCAGUAACAGUUAAUGGUAAACAUAAAUAUCAACAUGUCAUGUUUUUACCAGGUGAGCAAUUCAGGCCCUUCAGAGCCUCUUGUUUUAUCUUGAUGUUUUGAGUCGAGGCCUUACCCAAAAAGUUAGUUCUGCAGGUCAUGGGCCAAAUAGUGGCUAUUGUUUAUAACUAGUCUCUUUUAUUGCUUAAUCACUUUUGAAAAUAACAUUAACUUUGUCAAGCCUAAAUAAACAGCUAAGUUAUAUUAAAAUGCUCUUAGGAAAAUGACACCUUUAAAAACAGAUUUCUCAGCACUAAAUCUGACAAAUCAUAUAAAUAUGUAAUAUUAACCCUUUUACUGCAUAUCUUUAAUGUGAUUUUAUCUAUAAUUUUUUUUAUAUUUAUUAAAAUCAAUAUUUAUUUUGAUAGUUGUACUAAGUCAAGAAUUUUAACCAAGUUGAUAGUUUUUUGGGUUUUUUUUUACAUAAUCUGGAAAAGGUCCUGAGUUCUUUUCAGUGCAUUACUAAGUAUCUCUAAAAUUUGAUGUUAUGGUAUGAUAUAUAUAGAAUAAUAGGUAGUUUCGUUUUUGAUACUGACUAUAUCUGACAUGUUGAAUAUCUUAGACGAGCCCGUUAGGGCGAGUUAAGAUAUUCACAUGAUAUAGUCAGUAUCAAAAAUGAAACUACCUAUUAUUCUGUUUAUCGGUAAUUAUGACGUCACUCACUGCAUUGCCUAAUAUUUUCAGUGAUACAGCCAGUACGCUAAUACUCGAAAAUAUUAGGCAGUAAGAUCAAAGGGAAAAUAUAUGAAUUACCAAUAAAUAUAUGUCACUGAAACAAUCCAUGUUCAUUUAAGACAUCUUGUUGUACUUAAAUAAAAAGAAAAAAAUUACUUUAAAUAUUAGCUGCAGAUAUUCAUACUUUAAAAAGUUAGUUUACUUCUGCUUUUAAGACUCUGUGGAAAUAAUCAAAAAUAAAACCUGAAAUAUUUUAAUACAGUUGUUGCAUAAGAAUAAUGCCUUGUAUAUUCCUUGAAAAAAGAAUCCUGUAGUCUAGAAGAAAAAAAUCAAACUUUAUAACAUGCCAUGUCCAAUGCAAAGUUGCACAAUUUUUAGUGAUUUUUGCAUGUUUGGAAAAACUAGUUAAUCCUUUCCAUACUACUUGCCAGAUUGUAUUGGGUUUAGUAACAGGGAUAUUAUAAAUACAAAGAAUUAUUAAUCAUGAAAGGAAAAGGUAUAUCAGAUACCAUAUAAUUUACACCUAGAAUUUGUUAUAUAGAAUACCGGUAAAUGGAAAUAAAGAGUUUUUAUUUGUAUUGCUUAUCCAUAUACAUAUUUUAUUAUGGAGAUUAUAUCAAAUAUUACAGAUCGGCAUAAAAAUAACUUUCAUCAAUUAUCUCUGAAGUAAAAUGUAUUGACCUCAUUGUCAAACUCCUACCCACUGAAUGGCUAUUUAUAGAUAUUACAAAUAUACACAUUAUGUGGUGUUAUUCAUCAGGAAAAACUUAUAAUGUUAGUCAAGGAUUCAGAAAAAGAUAUUUUUGCUAAUCAAGAUCUAGAAAAAGACAAUAAUAUUUGUUAUACAUGUUACUCGCAAUUCAUCAUCAUGUAAAUUUAUGUCAACAUAACUAACAUUUAAUAUCACCGAUACAAGUUUUACAAAUUAGGAAUGUCUUCUCCAAAUUUACAAUUGACUCGUACACUCAAACAUUUAUCGUCAUUACCUAUUAUAUUUUGUUAUUGAAUUUUUUGUAUUGCCUAGUGAAUAAUUGCAGACAUAACCUGCAAAAUAAAUGACACUAAAUUUCAGUAACAGAACAAUUAAGGUGUAAAAAAUGUUUAUUUUACAGAGUUUGUUUACACCUCUAGUGAGUCUACUCAAAUCACUGCUUUGUUUGUAAAGUCUAAUGGUGGUAGCAGAAGUUCUUUGGAAUAGUGCUUUUCCUAAAAGUUCAAUUUUUGGAAUAUUUCAAUAUAAGGUAGAAAUACAGUUUGAUCUGUUCUAACUUUGUUAACAAAACAGAUUUAAUUAUGUCCCAAUAAAAUUUAUUACCAUAGCAUAUGAAAUCCAGAAAUGUUUGUCUAUAUAUUAUAAUAUAUCUGUAUUCAUAUAUACUAUUAUUCUAUUUUGAAGAAAAAUAAGUUGACAUAUUGAAUAUUAUCAUAUUCUGUUUGUUUAUUAUAUUAAACCUGAAGUCUCUGGUUGUUUAAACAUACUUUAAUAUUGUACCUUUUUUAAUCAUGAUUAUACAUAUUGAUGUAAAUUAUGUAACAGGAAUCUUAAAGAAAACAAAUGCCUUAACUACUUUUAUUGUGAUAUCUGUUUUAAUAGUUGAAAAAUUUUAAUAGCUGUUGUAUAUAAUACCAACAGGUUGAUAUGAAGCAAUAUUUCAAGGUUGAGAAUUUAUUAAUUUCAUUUUAGUUGCAAUGAAAAGAUAUCCAUUCUCAUAAAAGUGCAAAUAACCUAUAGUCAGUCAUAACUUAAUGUCAUGCUCAUGCCUCAGCAAUUUUUAUUUUGAAGGUUGUAUACAUUUCUGUUCAUAUAAAUGUGCAAAUGAAGUAUAAAUGUAAGUGUGGAAUGAGCAUAUAAUGUUAUGUCGGUGAAAGUAAAUGUGUGAAAGUUUGUGAAGUUUUAGUAGCAUGCAUACAUAUGAGCAGCCUGGAUAUCCUUUUAAAUUAAUUGUAUAAACAAUAAAAAAAUUAAAACAACAAGCAGUUUCUGUAAUGUUUAAUAAAACAACGUAAAUUAA